AUGGUCUAUCUAACGCAGACAGGGGAGGGUUUACCGAUCUCGCGUGCAAACGACGAGACAUACCUUCGCCUCGCCUCGAAAUCGGCAGGCGGGAAGUUCAAAGGAGGUCAGUACGAGUUCAGUUUCAGCGCGCCAUUGCUCUUCGGCGAUGUGGACGCUAAUAUCUUGACCUUGGAGCUCUCUGCCUUGGUCAUGAAGGGCAGCGGUGACCGCUGGCAAGUAGAUAUGUUCAACUCGAGACGAGGGAAGAAGUGGGACAAGAUCGGUGACCUCUCCAAGGCGGGUUCUGAUUGGACCACGUCGAACCUGGUGGUUGCGAGCGGCGAUCGUUGCGGCGAUGCCCCGAAACGCAUCAAUACCACGAGGACGAAGAGCCAGAAGUCCAAGCGUUGCAUCAGCGACUACUUCGAUACUGACAGCAACGAGGUCCUCAUCCGUAUUCACACACCGGGAUCGAAAGAGGUCAUCUUCAUUGACUACGCGCGCAUCAAGCCUUCGUUCCGAUUCAACCCACACUCUGGUCACGCCUAG